GCGUACAGGGGUUGCGAUGAAUUGUUAUUGUUAGUUCGAAGCAGAUGCAUCUAUGAGGUACCAUACCGCCUGCGAUGCCACCUCUCAUCUUGAUGUUGAUGUGCAGUCAACUUCAUCUCACUAUAUUCUACAUUUAGAUUAAUACCCUAAUCAUACCCGGCGGCACAUAAACUACUGUGCUGAGCAGUCCAGAGAAGCAAUAAUUAUCCCCCACCAUACAAAUGAGCACGACCUCUCUGUUCGUACAGACACAAAGUCAUAUGCACAAGUCAACAAUGAGACGCUCCCCGCAUCGUGAUUUUAGCUUCAUCUUUCCCUCGGUCUGUCCCGAGCCUGGACUCAUAACCUUCAUGGCGUUCACCAUACUAUCUAUAAUUUGGUUAUUUUGUCAGCUAUGUUUAUCAACCAUGUCAUCGCCAGCGUCUCCUCAGAUUCCCAACAACGAAGCUCUCUCUAAACGAAUAAUCAUGUCUUCAUUGUAUGCCAUCGUUUGUGGCAUAUUGCUCUUGGAUGGUUGCUGGCUCGCUGCAAUCUAUGCUUGGGGUAUGACAGCGCUCUCUAAAGGAAUCACGGAUGGUGUAUUAUGGUUCUUCUUCACAGUCAUUGUGUUGGCCUUACAUGUUAUAUUCUUGUCAGCAGGCUUCGGCUUUUGGGUUUGGGGUCUGUUUGUGACUUUUUGGCGGCUCCGUGCACUAUGGGUGCAUCGCAGUAUUCCUGUUGGGCAGACUGAUGUGACUAAAAGCCAGGAAAUGGGUGGUGAAGAUUCAUGAAAUCGUGAGCGUUGGCCCAGUAUUGUGGUAUUGGCUUCAUUUGCUUUGAAAACACUCCUCUGCCAUUGUUACACGCACGUACGGCCGAACAUGCCGACCGCCUACAGGUACGGGCGCGUGCCUUGAAGAAGAGUCUUCAUGAGACAUGCGAUAACACGCAUAAAUAUUAUGAGGUUCAACGGACCAUCUAUGGACUAUUACUAUUGGUUCGAAGCACGGUUAUGUUCCUAUAGCGAGUGAUGUAGUACACGAAGACUCCCCAU